UUGUUCGAAGCGAAAAAGGAUAGCAAGCUCGACCCGUUCUCGCCCAACUUUGACGCGAUGGGUUGGGCGAGACGGAUCAUGGACAUUUACCGCAGAGACGCCGAGAACAACCCUCUACGCUCCGUCGGCGUGUCGUUCAAGAAUCUGAGCGUAUUCGGUUACGGGAGCGAUUCAGAGUAUCAACCCACCGUCGCCAAUAUCGUCUUGUCGUUAGCGAGUCAGGUCAGACAGCUCGUCAGCUCCAACAAGCGCAAAGUGUCCAUCCUCAACAACUUUGACGGGUUACUUGAGGCGGGCGAGAUGUUGGUCGUUCUCGGACCGCCAGGAAGCGGCUGUUCCACGUUUCUGAAGACCCUUGCUGGAGAGAUGAACGGGAUCUACAGAUCGGAAGAAUCGAUGCUCAAUUACCAAGGUAUCACGCCGGAGAUCAUGCAUCAAGCCUACAGGGGAGAAGCGAUCUACUGCGCCGAGGUCGAGUCCAACUUUGCCACGUUGACCGUCGGUGACACACUACAGUUCGCCGCCGAGAGUCGAUGCCCAAAGAACCCGCCAGGCGGGGUCAGCCGGAAGGAAUUCGCCUUACACAUGCGGAACGUGGUUAUGGCCUUGCUCGGUAUCAUCCACACGGUCAAUACCAAGGUUGGUUCCGAUGUCGUCCGAGGCGUCUCCGGCGGAGAACGGAAACGGGUCUCGAUCGCCGAAGUUCUGUUGGCCGACUCGCCACUGCAGUGCUGGGACAACAGUACUCGAGGACUUGACAGCGCCACUGCCGUAGAAUUUUGCAACACCCUGAGGAUGUCGUCGGACCUAGCCAACGUUACUGCCGUUGUCGCCAUAUAUCAAGCACCGCAGAGCGCUUACGAUAUGUUCGACAAGGUCUCUGUCCUUUACGAAUCUGAACAAAUCUUUUUCGGAAGGACCAAUGAAGCCAAGAGAUAUUUCGAAAAGAUGGGGUACGAAUGCAAACCAGGGCAGUCCACACCGGAUUUCCUGACGUCCUUGACGAACGCAUCCGAGAGGAUCACACGAGCUGGCUUCGAGGGCAAGGUGCCCAAGAACCCCUCCGAGUUUGUUCGAUACUGGAAGCAGAGUUCGGAAUACUCCCAGCUGCUUUCUGAUAUCGACGCUUACAACGCCCGUCACCCGAUUGGUGGCGGUACUAGCGACGCCUUUUCGACAUCGCGCCGGGCGCAACAAGCUGAUGGCAAACGCCGCAAUUCUCCUUACACUCUGACAUACACGCAGCAGGUCAAGCUCUGCUUACGUCGCAGUUUUUGGCGGAUCGCAGCCGAACCGGCCCAGCCAGUGUUCGAAUUGAGCGCCAAUGUUGUCAUGUCUCUAGCCUUUUCCAGCGUUUUCUACAACCUUUCCGACGACACUGCUAGCUUUCAGCAGCGAGCCGGAGUAAUCUUUCUCGCGAUGCUUCUAGCCGCCUUCGCGUCGGCCCUAGAAAUCAUGGUCCUGUACGAACAACGACCCAUCGUUGAAAAGCACGCUCGCUAUGCUUUUAUACACCCUUCCGCGGAGGCAUGGGCGUCCCUGAUCAGCAGCCUUCCCUACAAGGUCGUCAAUGCGACGUUGACCAGUCUCGUCUAUUACUUUAUGGCCAAUCUUAACCGACAACCCGGAAACUUCUUCUUCUUUCUCUUCCUGGCUUUUCUCCUGACGAUGGCCAUGAGCUUGUUUUUCAGAGCGGUGUCGGCUCUGUCUCGGUCGAUGAUUCAGGCCAUGGUGCCUGCAGGUCUGCUGAUUGUGGCAAUGAUUACCUUUUCUGGUUUUGUGAUCCCCUACGACGAUAUGCGCGGGUGGUCCAAGUGGAUUAUCUGGCUGGAUCCCUUUUACUAUGCAUUCGAAGCCCUCUUGAUCAACGAAUUCUCAGGGCGGUACUUCCCUUGUUCCGACAUCGUCCCAUCGGGUCCCGGCUAUCCCGAUUCCACGUCAGAAUUUGCGACGUGUUCGACGCAAGGGUCGGUCCCUGGGAGGCCCUUAGUUUUCGGCGACGACUUCAUCAGGGUCACAUACAAUUACCAGACGGGAAACAAAUGGAGAAACGUUGGCAUCUUGUUUGCUUUCAACUUCGGAUUGCUGGUGAUCUAUAUGAUCGCUGCCGAACUCGUGACCGCCAAGAAGAGCAAAGGUGAAGUCCUGGUCUGGCCUCGAUCACGAUCCAAGGACGCGAUGGACACCCGGAACGGCGACAUUGAGCACGCGUCCAAAGAGAUGCCAGUUCGGGCUGAUGACCUGACCAACCACCGGUCUGAUGCCCUGGCAAGCCUCCCUAAGCAGGCGGUUUUUUCAUGGUCCAACAUAUGCUACGAUAUCAAGAUCAAGGGAAACGAACGUCGAAUCCUUGAUCAUGUCGAUGGGUGGGUCAAACCGGGGCAACUUACAGCCUUGAUGGGCGUGAGUGGAGCGGGCAAAACAACCUUGCUCGAUCUGUUGGCCACCAGGAUCACCAUGGGAGUGGUAACGGGUGAGACGCUCGUGGACGGCCGGCCGAUCGAUGCCUCGUUUCAGCGCAAGACCGGAUAUGUUCAACAGCAAGACCUACACCUUCCUUCCAGCACAGUGCGCGAAGCUCUGGCUUUCAGUGCUCUACUCCGUCAGCCGGCUUCGGUCUCGUGUGAGGCGAAACUUGCUCAUGUCGAAGAGGUCUUGGAAUUGCUCGAGAUGAGCGCAUACGCUGACGCGGUAGUGGGCGUCCCUGGAGAAGGACUCAACGUCGAACAGCGCAAACGCCUUACGAUAGGUGUCGAGCUGGCAGCUAAGCCAGACCUUCUGCUGUUCCUUGAUGAACCGACGUCGGGUUUGGACUCGCAGACCAGUUGGUCGAUAUGUUCUCUCUUGGUAAAAUUGAGCCAAAGCGGACAGGCGAUCUUGUGUACCAUUCAUCAACCCAGCGCGCAGCUAUUCGAGCGUUUCGAUAGACUAUUGUUCCUUGCCAAGGGAGGUCGCACCGUCUACUUCGGGGAAGUUGGAAAGGGCAGCAGGACGCUGGUCGACUACUUUGUGCGCAACGGAGCCAAACCUUGCCCGGAAGAUGCCAAUCCUGCCGAAUGGAUGUUGCAAGCCAUAGGAGCCGCGCCAGGACACAAGACCGACGUCGAUUGGCCUCGGGUAUGGCAAGACAGCGAGGAGAAACGAGAGGUCAAACGGGAACUCGAGGUCAUGAGAAGCGUACCUCUCAAAGAGGUCGUCAGCGGGCAGUCUGUCGAGGAUGACGCUUCCCGAGGCGAAUUCGCGUCGACGUACCGAACGCAGUUUAUCGAAGUCACCAAGCGCGUCGCACAAUUUUACUGGAGGAACCCGACCUAUAUCUAUUCCAAGCUCAUCUUGGUCAUUGGUACAGGUCUGUUUAUCGGUCUAUGCUUUUUCAAAACCGAGACGACCAGCCGGCAAGAGCUCUUGAACAAGAUCUUGAGCAUUUUCGUCCUCUACUCUAUCUUUGGCCAGAUCGUCGAACAGAUCCUCCCCGAAUUCGUCUCGCAACGGGCGCUUUACGAGGUUCGCGAACGUCCGAGCAAGACUUACGCUUGGCCCGUCUUCCUUGCCGCCAACAUCCUGAUCGAGAGCGUCUUCAAUUUGAUCACCGCCAUCCCCCUCUUUAUCGUCUGGUAUUAUCCGGUCGGGCUGAAUGAGAACGGAAGCGCCAGCGGAACGACGCAUGAGCGAGGAGGACUGAUGCUGCUCUUCAUCGUCCAAUUCAUGGUGUUUUCCGGGACCUUUGGGUACUUGAUGAUUGCCGCAGUCGAUCUGCCCGAGAUCGCGGGCGCGAUCAUGAACCUGCUUUUCGUCAUGUCUCUGGUGUUUUGCGGCGUACUCGCGCCCCCAUCUACCCUUCCCGGUUUCUGGAAAUUCAUGUACCGCGUUUCGCCGUUCACUUACCUAGCCGAAGGGAUGCUCGUCACGGGUUUGUCUCAGGUCUCCGUCACCUGCUCCGAUCGAGAGAUCGUCCGGAUCACCGCCCCUCCCGGUCAGACGUGUGUUGGCUACCUUGCGGACUAUAUCUCUACCGCUGGAGGCUACCUCGUCUCGAGUUCGACCUCUCCAUCUGAGGAAUGCCUUUUCUGCCCUCUGAGCACGUCGGACGACUUCUUGUCGACAUACGGCAUGUCGUAUACCAACCGAUGGAGGGACUUUGGAAUCGUAUUCGCUUACAUCGGGUUCAACAUCGUCGCCACAUUUGCGCUUUAUAAAUGGUUCCGGGUGUUCCGACUAGUCAGUUGAAAAUGUCAG